UAGAUAAGCUGCCUACUGCCCAGCGAGGGCAUCUGGGCCCUCCCAGCCCCGCCAGCCCGGGCCACGUGGCCUCAUCGAGUCCAAGGCCACAGGAGUCAGGGGGUUUCCUCAGCAUCCUCAGGUGUCCUGCGGAAGCCCAGCGGUGGCGCCUCCUGGUCUAGCCACCUCCUCGGGCCUCCGUGAAAGGGAGUGAAAGUUCCCAAGCAACGCAGAGGUGCCCAUUUCUCAGAGCCACUGGGGCCCACCCGGGGCCGCGGAUCCGGGAAGCCCAGCCUCCCACAGGCAAGGCCAGCUGUGCAAAGUGGUUGGGGGUCGCUUCGGGAGGGGUGGGGCCAUGACACCCUCCUGGGCUGCUUCUCCAGGGUCUAAACAACUUUCUCCGGCCUCUGUCCCUCUCCCCACCAGCGGGAGACCGCGGAAUCCCACUGCCCGCCUUUCUUCCUAGGCGCUUGGCUCUCAGCUCUCACACUCCCAGAAGGGACCCCUCAGCCGCUCCACCUCCGCCUCCCAGGGCGCGACGGUCGCGCCCGACCUGAACGCGUUGGCAGGAGGAGGAAGGGAGGGCUGGCUGGCUCCAAGGUGCCCGUGAGGCCGAACCCAGCCCUCGAGACAGAUCAGGGGGCGCGAGCGUGCUUUCCACCCGACCGCUCUCACACGCCGAGCCCCACUAGGGGCUGCCCAGCGCCCCCAACCCGGCAAGAGGACCUGGGCCCAACACCCGUGCCAGCUGAGUGCACAGGAGCCCCCAGGUUGUCCCUCCUGGACCCGGGAGCGGACCCUGGUUGCGGUGAAGCCAGACGGGGUGCAGCGGCGGCUCGUCGGGGACGUGAUCCAGCGCUUUGAGAGGAGGGGCUUCAAGCUGGUGGGGAUGAAGAUGCUGCAGGUGCCAGAGAGCCUCCUUGCUGAGCACUACCACGAGCUGCGGAGGAAGCCCUUCUACCCAGCCCUCAUCAGCUACAUGAGCUCCGGCCCAGUGGUGGCCAUGGUCUGGGAAGGUCCCAACGUGGUCUGCGCCUCGAGGGCCAUGAUAGGACACACCAACUCGGCCGAGGCUGCCCCUGGCACCAUCCGCGGAGACUUCAGCAUCCAUAUCAGCAGGAAUGUCAUCCACGCCAGCGACUCUGUGGAAGGGGCCCAGAGGGAGAUCCAGCUGUGGUUCCAGAGCAGUGAGCUGGUGGACUGGGCGGACGAAGGCCACCACGGCAGCGCCGGUCCAGCCUGAGCCCUCAGGGUGCCCUCCGUGCCCCGGCAUCCACUCCGGACCAACUACCUCUUCCAAGAACUUGAGCCCACACCACACUCUGCCCGAAUGUCCCAGACCACCUGCUCGUCCACCUUGUGCCCACCCCAGCCCACAGGGGUUGAACCACCGACUUUAUGUGCCUUGCAGUAUCCUAAGCCAGCACACGACUGCAUCAAAUCCUU